AUGCGUUUUCAGUCAUUCGUUUCGUUGUCGUGCUUUGCCACGGCAACACUCGCUCAUUACGUUCCGAGGAACGACCAGAGUACACUAUCUGUCUCCUCGACCAGGGCCAAGUGUGGUUCUAAGCCAACGUCGACCUCCAGUUCGGCUGGCCAGCAAGAAACAAGCAGCUCCAGCUCAGCAUCCUAUGGCGCCAGUGUCUCCACUGGCUCGACUUCGUCGGAUACUGCCACCGAGUCAUCGGCUCCUGUGAGCUCUUAUAGCUCUACCGAGUCUGUCAGCUAUACGGCCAGUGCUACCACGUCCGUUUCUUCCGACGUCUCCAGUAGUGGCUCCGCAUCAUCCUUGAGCUCGGCCAGCAGUCUAUACUCGGACUCCUCCAGCUCAGUCAGUCUUACAUCCAGCACUUCCGGUUCCUCUAGUUCCUCCAGCGCCUCCAGUACUGGGACCUCCAGCUCAGUCAGUCUUACAUCCAGCACUUCCGGUUCCUCUAGUUCCUCCAGCGUCUCCAGUACUGGGACCUCCAGCUCAGCCUCGAUCACCAGCUCGGCCUCUGUUUCGAGCUCAAGCUCGUCAAGCUUUACCAGCUCUAGCACAAGCAGCUCGGCCUCCUCGGCAGCCUCGGCAUGUGCUUACUGGUUGGAGGACAUCAAGUCUCAGGGUAUCGCAUCGUUCAAUGAUGACUCGGCCAGCUACAAAGUCUUCCGCAACGUCAAAGAUUACGGAGCAAAGGGAGAUGGUGUGACCGAUGAUACAGCGGCCAUCAACAGAGCCAUCAGUGAGGGCAACCGGUGCGCACCAGGGACUUGCGCGUCCUCCACCACCACGCCUGCUCUUAUCUACUUCCCCAAUGGCACCUACAUAGUUUCCAAGCCCAUCGUCGGCUACUACUAUACACAGAUUGUGGGCAACCCCAAUUGCCUGCCUGUCAUUAAGGCUGCAUCCACCUUCACCGAUGCCUGGGUUUUUGAUGGAAACCAGUACGGCGCAGGCGGCCUUGGCUGGGGAGCCACGAACGUAUUCUGGCGGCAGAUCCGCAACUUUGUCAUUGAUAUGACUGCGAUACCUGCAUCUAGGUCGGUCCGGGGUAUUCACUGGGCAGUCUCACAGGCAACCUCCCUCCAGAAUAUCGUUUUUGAAAUGUCGACUGCGGCUGAUAACCAGCACGAGGGUCUUUUUAUCGAGGAGGGGUCUGGUGGUUUUGUGACCGACCUUGUCUUCAACGGUGGUCUAUACGGCUUGAAUGUUGGUUCCCAGCAAUACACGAUGCGAAACCUGACUUUCAACAAUGCUGCAACUGCCAUUCACCAGCUCUGGGACUGGGGCUGGACCUACACUGGCAUUAGCAUCAACAACUGUCAGAUUGGAUUGGACUUGAGUGCACUUAAACCAGACGGUAGCCAAAACGUCGGCAGCGUUGUGCUUAUCGACAGCGAGAUCAGCAACACCCCCGUAGGCAUCUUGACGGCACGUAGCGAGGAUUCUACCCCGGUAUCAGGCGGAAGUCUGAUCCUGGAGAAUUUGUCACUGAACGCUGUCGAUGUCACAGUCCAAGGUCCCAAUGAGAACGUGAUCCUCGGUGGCUCGUCCGGCUUAUCUAAAAUUGAUGCCUGGGGCCAGGGUCAGUCGUACACUGCUGCGACUGGACGUACUACAUUCCAAGGCACGUUCACCGGCAACAACAGACCUGCGAGCUUGACAUCAGGCAGUGAUUACUACAGCCGCUCCAAGCCACAGUACGAACAUGUUCCAGCUUCUCAAUUCGUCAGCAUUCGCGAUGCUGGUGCCAAGGGUGACGGCCAGUCGGAUGAUUCAGACGCUAUCAAUGCCGCGUUGGCGACCGCUGCCAUUUCUGGAAAGGUCGUCUUCUUCGAUGCGGGUUACUACAAGGUGACCAAGACCAUCUUCGUUCCAGCUGGGUCCAAGAUCACAGGAGAGGCAUACCCUGUGAUUUUGUCCAGCGGCAGCUUCUUCGAGAAUAUCAAUGACCCGAAGCCGGUUGUCAAAAUUGGAUACUCGGGCGAUGUGGGCACAGUGGAAUGGUCCGACAUGAUCGUCAGUACGCAGGGGGCUCAAGCCGGCGCCGUUCUGAUUGAGUGGAAUCUCGCUUCAGCUGGCUCGCCCUCAGGGAUGUGGGAUGUCCACACGCGCGUUGGUGGUUUCAAGGGAUCCAACCUUCAGGUCGCUGAAUGCCGCAAGACGCCCGACACGGUCAUCACUGAGGACAACAUUGCCGAGAACUGCAUUGCUGCAUAUAUGAGCAUGCAUGUCACCAAACUGGCAUCGGGUCUGUACAUGGAGAACUGCUGGCUCUGGGUUGCUGACCACGACGUUGACGACCAAUCGUUGACCCAGAUCACUGUGUAUGCCGGACGAGGUUUACUCGUUGAGAGCACAGUUGGUCGUAUAUGGUUGAUCGGUACCGGCGUCGAGCACCAUGUUCUGUAUGAAUACCAACUCGUCAACACAAGGGAUAUUGUCAUGGGACAGAUUCAGACCGAGACCGCCUACUACCAGCCGAACCCGAGCGCGGUGAUGCCGUUCCAGGCCAACGCUGACCUCAAUGACCCCGUGCUCACAGAUGGGGAAGAUGGAUGGGGCCUGCGUGUUGUCAGAAGCUCCGAUGUGUUCGUCUACGGCGGAGGAUUAUACUCUUUCUUCAACAACUAUGACGUCUCCUGCUCGCAGCAAGAUGUUGCUGACAAGUGCCAGUCGCGCAUCGCAAGCUUUGAGGACAGCAACGUCUCGGUGUACAACCUCAACACCGUCGGAGCGACUGUCAUGGCCACGAUCGAUGGCGAGGAUGUCGCCAACUGGGCAGACUACAAGAACAACUUCGUCUCUACCGUAGCACUUCUCCGAACCUAG